AUCAAUCCAAUUAAAUGUCUUGAGCGAGCUGAGCAGGCGGUACUGCCGCCACCGCCGCUCGCUUUGCCGCGGCCGCCCCUGCUCGCAGCGCCCCUCUGAUCCAUGGCUGUCUGUCUGUACUUGUUACGGUGUAACCUCCUCCUACUCCUCCUCCUCCUCCUCCUCAGGAGCCGCUGCAACUUCCCCUCAGCCAGCCUCCUCUGCUUGAGGACUGCAAAGGCAUGGGAUAGACCCAGAGCCACUUCUCUCUGUCUCCCCUCCAGCCCUCGCUCAAUUUCCCCCCGUUAAAUUAAAGUCUGUUCCUUGCUCCUCGUCGUUUUAGAGAUUUAUUUAUCAAUUUGUUAUUUCCCCUGAUUUAUUUUCCCUCCCGGGGCAGGGGUUCGUAGGGGCCGGGAGUUUAUUUUAGGGAGGGGGCUCUCCACCUCCCCCCAUUCCUCCUCUUUUUUCGAUCGUGACUUGAUUUCCCUGCUCCUCUCCGCUCCCACCCCUCGAACUCACCGUCCUGCACUCGAGUGACGCACCGACACCCCCCGCCCACAGCCCAGACGUCCCCUCCCUCGCUGCCACCCGGACCCGUCUCGGAGCUGGACCCGGUGGUGACUUCUUCGCGGAAGGAGGUUCACACACUCAGGAUUUGUGUGUGGAAGAGUGUGCGCACUAAGAGAAAAGAAUUAUCCAGCUUGAUUGCAACAGAUCAGGCAAAGAUUGCCUGGACUCUGCAGGAUGUGUGAAGUGACUUGCUCAUAGAACCAGCUCUGAUUUAAAUGGAUGUGCGAAAUCUUCAUGAAAGCGACUAAGAAUCUCUGGCAGCAGAGUGAGAUAUAUGUUGGGUAAAGGAGGAAAACGGAAGUUUGAUGAGCAUGAAGAUGGGCUGGAAGGCAAAAUCCUGUCUCCCUCUGACGGUCCAUCCAAGGUGUCUUACACCUUACAGCGCCAGACUAUCUUCAACAUUUCCCUUAUGAAACUCUACAACCACAGGCCCCUCACAGAGCCCAGCUUGCAAAAGACCGUCUUAAUCAACAACAUGUUGCGGCGGAUCCAGGAGGAACUCAAACAGGAAGGCAGCCUGAGGCCCGUGUUCACCCCCUCCUCCCAGCCCAGCGACUCGCUGAGCGACAGCUACCGAGAGGCCCCGCCCGCCUUCAGCCCCGCCGCGCCCGCGCCGGCUCACCCCUGCGACCUCGGAAGCACGACGCCCCUGGAGGCCUGCCUCACCCCGGCCUCGCUGCUCGAGGACGACGACGACACUUUUUGCACUUCCCCGGCCGUGCAGCCUGCGGCUCCCACCAAACUCUCACCUCCAGCCCUCCCACCGGAGAAGGACAGCUUCUCCUCCGCCUUGGACGAGAUCGAGGAGCUCUGUCCCACAUCUACCUCCACAGAGGCCGCAGUGGCAGCGACUGACAGCGCGAAAGGGGGCGCCGGCGAGCCCAGCGUUCAGAAACCCGAGGGGCUGCCGGAGGGCCGCCCGGACGACCCGAAACUGAUGGACUCUCUGCCUGGGAAUUUUGAAAUCACCACGUCCACGGGGUUUCUGACGGACCUGACCCUGGACGACAUCCUGUUUGCCGACAUUGAUACGUCGAUGUAUGAUUUUGACCCCUGCACAUCCGCGUCGGGGACGGCCUCCAAAAUGGCCCCCGUGUCGGCGGACGACCUCCUCAAGACUCUCGCUCCCUACAGCAGCCAGCCCGUCGCCCCGAGUCAGCCUUUCAAAAUGGACCUCACAGAGCUGGACCACAUCAUGGAGGUGCUCGUCGGGUCCUAAGAGCUCGGGACCCGGUGACUGUGCCCAGCCGGGCUCUGCGAGUGUCCCUGCGCCCUGACAGCUCUCCGCACUGUGCAUGCACCCUUGCUUGCCUUUUUCAGAGAAAAAGAACAUUUUACAAAAGGAUCACACUAGUUUUUGCUUUGAGCAGAGUUGGAGUGCCUUCAUCCAAGUAUGACCACUUUUAAUAUGCUUUUUUGAGUGGUUCCUCAGAGACCUGCCCUGGAGUAGGAGGGACUACAUUUGAAGACAAUAUUGCUAUAUCAAAUGGCAAAAAUAAACAGUUCAAGUGAAGCACAAGGAAUAAGUUGGGAAAGCUGUAAAUUGCAUGUGCAUAUUUGUCUAUUUUUUCUAUAAGUUUUAUUGCAAGAGGUAAAAAAAAAAAAAA